UAUAUAAAGCCUCCAUGUAUCUCAAUUAAUUUGUAAACAUUCUCUUAUAACAAAAUCUCACUCAAUUCUAGGUAAUGGGUUUGAAAGGUAAGUUGAUCUCGAAAUUAGAGAUGAAGUGUGCUGGAGAUUUGCUUCAUGACCACUUCAAAUCAAAUCCACACCAAACAUCCACCAUGUCUCCUGAUAAGGUAACGAACUUCACAUUGCAUGAUGGUCAAUUGGGAAAAACAAACUCUGUUAUUGGCUGGAAAAUUAUCCUUGGGGGCAAAGAACGACAUUUCAAACAGGUCGUAGACAUAGAUGAUGCAGCAAAAUCAAUGACCUUCAAUUUUAUUGAAGGAUAUAUGAAUGAAUUAUAUAACUCAAUGACACUUAUAUUAACUGUAAAGGAAAACUGGAUUACUUGGAGCAUGAUGUAUGAAAAACUUAAUCAAAAUAUUCCUGAGCCCCUUGACUUUAUGGAGUUUCUUAUUGGCCUCAUCAAGGACCUUGAGGCUCACCAUGCCGGAAAAUAGAUAUCAGUCCUCAUUCCCAGUUAAUAACAAGAUUGAAUAUUGUUACUAUCCUAAAUCCUUAAGAAGAAAUAAGACUAUUUGUGUGAUGUAUGUUUCAUAGGUAUAAUCGUGUAUCAUAUGCAUCGUAAAUCAUUAUAAAUAAAUAAAACUAUUCGGUGUGAUAUAUUUUCAUGAA